GGGCAUGCCUUCGCCGUCCUAAGAAAAGAAAUAUCUACGUUCACAGUAAACUCAGCUAAUGUUAGCAGCUUAAACGGACGGCGUGUUAUCUGCUGCUAACAUUUUGUUGAACUGCACAUACAAAAAGGCUCAUCUGAUUGUAGGACUCUAACAAGAAGAUAUUCAAAUCUGGUGAAAUGAGCCAAACUGACCAGUUUCCCCUUGACUGCAAGGUUUAUGUUGGGAAUCUAGGAAACAAUGGAAACAAGACAGAGUUGGAAAGCGCUUUUGGGUACUAUGGUCCUUUAAGAAGUGUUUGGGUUGCCAGGAAUCCCCCAGGCUUUGCUUUUGUAGAGUUUGAAGAUCCCAGAGAUGCAUCUGAUGCUGUGAAAGAACUGGAUGGAAGAACCAUGUGUGGCUGUCGAGUGCGUGUCGAGUUAUCCAAUGGGGAAAAGCGCUCAAGGAGCCGUGGCCAUCCUCCAUCCUGGGGUGGUAGACGCCCUCGCGAUGAUUUUAGGCGACGUAGUCCUCCAGUCAGACGCAGGAGGAGGAGCCGCAGUCGCAGCAGGUCUCUUUCAAGAGACAGAGGCAGACAACGUUCUCUUUCCAGAGACAAGAAGUGCCCAAGAUCCAUCUCGCGGUCAAGGAGUCGUUCCCGGUCUAACGACAGAAAAUGAGGACCUCAAACGAUGGUUCAUCUGCAGGAUCAUGCUAUGGUUGGGGAAAAUACAAUUUUUUUUGUAGUCAUGUUUUUCUUUUCUCUAGGGUUGGCCAAGUUACAUAUUGUGUAAUAGCAGUCUGUUGAAUUAACAACAAAGGAACGAAUUCUAUCUUACCCUGCAUGUUUUGAAAUGGAAUACUGGGUUUAGUUUUACAUUACCAUCCUGUUUUUUAAACUGUUUAAUUAAAGGUCAUGUGAUGUUUUUAUUUUGUGGUUUUUAUUCUUGGUUGACUCUUAAAUUACUGGCAAUGGGUUAAUAUGAGAUGCACCACCAUGUCAAAUGGUCAAAUGUGUGUUGUUAAAUACUGGUGCUGUUUGCAGGCUAUCCUUGAAGCCAAAAACAUCUGUAAUUCUGUAUUUUACCUAUGUCACUUUUGCAACAAAAAAGGCAUUUACUCUAUUCAAUUUAGCUUGAGUCUCUUAAUUCUGACAAUUUGUGCUGCAGUUAAACAACUUGUUCAAUAAAUGGUUUUCCAAGGUGA